UCCAGUCGCACCGCCCUCCCGUCCGCCUGCUGCCGGGAGGAGCAGAGGAGAGAGAAGACCGGAGCGCAACAUCUACAGUCACGGUACCUUAGGGAUGUGGCAGCAAUUUCGACAGCCUAGAAAUGCCCUAUGAAAUUAUCAAAGUUUGUCUUUUAUGACAGCUGAAGACAGAGAAUACAUCGAAACGCGAGAGAGAGAGAGAGAGAGAGGGAGAGAGAGAGAGAGAGAGAGAGAGAGAGGGGAAACAAAUCGCGCGGAAGUGCAUCAGCCGCUGCAGAAAUUUCCAGCGGUGCCCGCCCGCCUCGGCUGUGUCGUUCGGGAUCGCGAAGCGCGUCGGAGCUGGUGUCCGAGCCAAUCUCACCGCCGGGAGACAAGAGAGAGCAACAGAAGAGAAAGAGAAAGCGGUCCACUUCUUCAUCAAUCCCCCGCUAACACCUACGUUUGGAUCCCCCCCCUCCACACCGCCGCCGUGUCUACUGACGUGGAGGUGAGUGCCGAGCUGACACACUGCAGUGAGCCUGGACAUAUGAAGCCCAAGUUCCUACGGAUCCUAAUGGAAUGCAGCCAGAUAAAUUAUUAAUGUCAAGCCUGGAAGACCCCUGCCACUUUGAUGUGUGAGCACACCCACCAAUAAUGGCCCAUAGGAUACGCAGUGGAAAUACCAGUGAGAGUGCAUACAGCAUGAGGCUGGUGUGGAAAUCCCUGGACAAGAUGAGGUGUCUGAGGAAACGCUCCACUAUUCCCUUCCUCGGCUUCCUCAUCACCUUCCUCCUCUUCCUGAAUCUCUACAUUGAAGAUGGCUACGUGGUGGAAGGGGAUAAAAGACAGCUUAGAGUAACAUCAGUCCACGCUCCGAGCUCAGAACGAUACGUUCACACCUUCAGAGACCUCAGUAAUUUCUCUGGAACCAUUAAUGUCACGUAUCGUUAUCUCGCUGGAACCCCGCUGAACCGCAAAAAGUAUCUCACCAUUGGACUGUCAUCAGUCAAAAGAAAAAGAGGAAACUACCUUCUGGAGACGAUCAAAUCCAUCUUUGAUCAGUCCAGUUACGAGGAACUGAAAGAGAUUGUGGUUGUGGUCCACCUGGCAGACUUUGACCUGGUCUGGUGUGAGAACCUGGUGCAGGAAAUCACCAGGAAGUUUGCUCACCACAUCAUAGCGGGACGCCUCCUGGUGAUCCAGGCCCCAGAGGAGUACUAUCCAUCUUUGGACGGCUUAAAAAGGAACUACAACGACCCAGAGGACCGGGUCCGUUUCCGCUCUAAGCAGAACGUGGACUACGCUUUCCUCCUCAACUUCUGCACAAACCUCUCUCAUUUCUACAUGAUGUUAGAGGACGACGUGCGCUGCUCCAGGAACUUUCUGACGGCGCUGAAGAAGGUGAUCACCUCCAGAGAUGGUUCCUACUGGGUGAUGCUGGAGUUUUCCAAGCUGGGCUACAUCGGGAAGCUUUACCACUCCAAAGACCUGCCACGUCUGGCUCAUUUCCUCCUCAUGUUCUACCAGGAAAUGCCCUGCGACUGGCUCCUCAUCCACUUCAGAGGUCUGCUCGCCCAGAAGGACGUGAUCCGCUUCAAGCCCUCUCUGUUCCAGCACAUGGGCUACUACUCUUCCUACAAAGGAGCAGAGAACAAACUGAAGGACGACGACUUUGAGGAAGACUCCAUAGACAUUCCUGACAACCCUCCUGCCAGCCUUUACACAAACAUCAAUGUCUUUGAGAACUAUGAUGCCGCCAAGGCUUACAGCACCGUGGACGAAUACUUUUGGGGGAAGCCUCCUUCCACAGGAGACUUCUUUGUCAUCGUCUUUAAUAAAUCUACCAAAAUUAGUAAAAUUAAGAUUGCUACUGGUUCUGAUGACCGUCAGAAUGACAUUCUUCACCACGGAGCUCUGGAAGUGGGAGAGAAACUAGUUGGGACUAAAAAAGGGAAACUCUGUUCCUCUUAUAUCACAUUAGGAGAGUUUAAAAAUGGCAACAUUGAGGUUCAAGAUGUAGACCACAAAAUUGCCUUCAACAUUGAGUGUGUGCGCAUUGUGGUGACAGCCAGUCAAAAAGAAUGGCUCAUUAUUAGAAGUAUAAGUUUAUGGACUACACAACCCCCAAGUCAAUGAGGACUAUACAUAAAGACUCUUAGUAUGUCAUAGAGGCAAAUGUUUUUAUUAUCAUUAUUUACUAAUGUGUGUAUUUCCAGGUUUAUUUAUUCAUUUUGUAUGUAUUUAUUGAUACUCAUUUUGAUUGCCAAAUCAGUCUAUAGUUUUUUAUACCUGCAAGUUGUGACCUUAGUAGAGCAUCCUCCCAGUCAUUCUUAAGGACUGUUCAACUGACCUCAGAGUAAUCAUGUUUUCUGAAAUGUUCCAUAAGCUUUUAUUUAUUUCAGCCUUUGGUUGUUAUCCUUAACAUAGGGUUGGGUGAUAAUUCAGUAUUAUGUUUUACCAACUUUCUGUGAUAUUGUUUUACAACAGGAUAAGGCUUAUAACAUUAUAUACUUUUUUUAUUAUAUAAUAUUACUAUAACAAGUCCUAUGAAAAGACCAAGAUCAACAAUGAAUUGAUCCUACUAAUAAGUGUUUCCAUGUUUGCCAAAGUCUGAUAUAUCUUAUUCCUCAGUGCCAUAAAGCUCCACUGUUGUCCAAAACCUAUUAAAAUCAGCGAGCCAUACCAUUCCACUGGGUGGCAGGUUAUUUAAUUACGAUAAACUGUAGUUCAUUUUCGAGUCAAUCCCUCAUACAUCUCAAAGCUACGCUGGCCUACUGCUUUAGGAAAUACACAAGACUAGAAAAUCGAACUAGAUAUUUGUGACCUGUUUUUAAAGAUUUACAUUUUCAGUAGGAAUGAAUGGGUUUGGACCUGACAGCUACAAACAGGUAGUGGGGAAGUCAGAAAGUACUAAGAGACGGACUAACACAUUUUUGGUUACGGCCUUUUCAUGGGACUUGUUGACAAUAACAAAAUACACAGAAUUACACCAGCCAUAUUCUUUAAUUGUUCCAAGCUAAUCUAAUGAAGGAUUAAGAAAAUGACUUUUCGGUUUUGUUUUACACAUUAAAAGAGUUAUGUCUGGUGUAAAGCAUAAUGACAGAAUACAUUUCAUUGCACUGAACAUUGAUUUUAUCAUUUAAAAAGUGAUCUUGUGUACAUCUGCCAUUUUGUAUCAGCAUCAAUAUAUCAAUGUUUUAAUAUUCAUUUUAAUAAUAUCACCCAGCCUGACCAAGGCGACAUAUUUUAAGGUUCUUUCAGAAACGUUAUCAAAUCUAACUUAGGGAACAGCAAACUAUUGAAUUACUAGUUUUGUUAAUUUUAUUACAGUUCACAGUUGCUUUUCUAAAUAUUAUGAACCACUAAUUAUUUAUAAUGGGGGGGGUGUAACAAAAAAACAUUUUCAAAACAGAUUCUUCUUUUAAAUACCAUCAAAUUAAAGCUCCUUUGUCUUCAGCAGUCUUUCAUGACUGAUAUUGAGCCUGCAAAAGUGUAGCCCUGGGACCCUCUGCGAAUGUCCCCAUUUAGUCCUUAAUUGUUUUCCUCCUUGAAAACCCACCAGGAAAGUAUCAGAGAUCAUUGUUGCCUUGAAUAUUCAUCAUAUCACUUUUAUUUUCUUUCAGUUUUAAAUAUUCUUUCCCAGUAUAAUCCUCUUCUUCACUGUGUUCGAGGCGGGUGUGUGAGUGGGCUGAGCUCUUUUACUGCAUGUUCCGUCAGGGCUGCUGACAGGAGAACAAUGUUUGUUUUCACCCAUCUUCUCCAGGAGCUGAGAUUAGAUUGCACAGUGAAGAAUGGGCCAGGUCUGCUCUUAGGUCUCUUUUUUUCCCACCACAGCACAAUUUUCCCCCAGUAAAUUGGUCUGUGUUUGCUUCACUCUCUACACCAGCAAAACAACAUCUCCCCUGAAGCUAUAGGAUCUCAAUUCGUUCUUUCCCCAAUGUUGCGCUCUCACAACUCCAAUGUUUCUGCUCCUACAUGGUUGCCUCUCUGUGAUCUUUGCUCUCGGUUCAUACAGUCUGCUGCUGCUGCUUUGGGGAAACUUGCUUGGCUUUCUUUUGAAGAUCCUUUUUAGAAUUCCCCACCUUGCUUUAUGUUGUUCAGCAGCGAACAUUUUCAAGAAUUAACGCUGCACAUGUCAACUCAUCAUCCGAUGCUUACAGCAAUUCAGAGCCGUGCUUUGGAAAUAACCUUGUCAUUUUCCAUGUUCAUGUAAUUGUGAUCUGUUGGUGAGCAAUGUGCAGUGACAGAUUUGUUUCUACAUUGAAAUGGUGGCAAGAAAUCACUCAACAAUGCAAUAAAGAGGUAAAUGUUUACAUAACACUGAUGUUCUUUAGGAACAUGAGGUGGAAGCAGAUCGUCAUUAAGCAUGCUGUGACAGUUUUGUAAAGCUUUGUUCCGCUGUUGCAAUAGCCACCUGUUCUGUGUUUUCCCUCAAGGUCUUGUUCAGUGUCACAGAUCGAGACCUUUUGCAGAUUGGCUUGUACCGCCACCUCAAAAUCCUUCCUCAGCAAAUCCCCCAUGUGCUAUCUGAAAUGAAAUUAGAAUACCCAACACCUCACAAUAUGGCUUAUUGUUUUUCUUCAGCAUUUCCCUUGAAAUACAGUCAUUCAUUUUGGUGAAUGAUUCCAUGACCUGCAUGGAUCAGCCCCUUGGAGGGGAUCUUGUUUGAAUGGAUGAUGCUUGGAAACACAAUCUACAUUGUGCUACGCGUGUGGUAUUCUUUAUGACGCACACCAUGGUGCCAAUUCAACCUAGUAUUACCUGCUUAUGAGCUAUAAACACAUGAUGUCACCGCAGGGCAGUUAGCUGUUUUACAAGUGUAAUGGAUGGCUUUGAUACGCCUCAUGCCCAAGUAGAGCAACCGUGUUGUGAGGCUGAUAUUUCUGGAGGAGAAAUUGCUGUCUGGUCUUUAUCCGAAAUAAGAUGCCAUCCAAAACUAGCUGCACGCUGCAGAUUUAUGGACAGAUUUACAUCUUGGGGAUAACAACAAAAGCUGCAUAAAUUCCUCAACUGGAUGUCAGCAAACUGCUGCACACAGCAUUAUUUGCUAUUGGCAGCAGGUUUAGAAAACCACAAUACUUACUAGGGCCUUGAGUGAACAGUGUGCACAGGAUCCGUUAUACUGUACAUUUCACUUAAUACUUAAGGAAAAACUGUUAUUUCCUCCUGUUUAGUACUUACAGCUAAUAAAUGGCCAUUUUCACUGUCCAUUUGUCAAGAAUUAAACACUAACUGCAUCAGUAGAUCUCUGUGAGCAAAAGGGCAGAGGUUUGUGAAUCACUUGCAGGCAGGUAACUGUCUGAGUUUGUUCAGUUAUAUUGGCUGUGAGGAUCCGAUCCCAAAAGCUUCAAGCAAGUGAUGAAUGUGAAUAUGAUGUGUGGAUCCUGAGCUAUUUGAAAUGUGAGCGGUCUUCCAGUGGAGCAUGUACAAAGUGCAUGAACAAAAGCAUUUUCAGUGGAUAAAACAACUCCUUUUGUACAUCAGGAUCUAUGAAUUAUUGUUCAGCUUCUGCUAAUAAAAUUGUACUGGGUUUGUACUAAGCCUACCGAUACUACCUUACAACAGGUUCGGAGUCCACAUGUGCUGUGUAUUGUUAAGUGGAGCGAGUGUGUUAAGAUGUUGUUUCUGUGUCUGUAUUACUUUCCAUCGUUCUCUAAAUGGUACUGUAUUGUAAGAUGACAUAUAUUUUUUUACACGUAUCAUUUCAAAUGUUGUAUUGUAUAUAUUGUAUUUAAAAUGAAAUUAGAUUAAACGAAUGAAUGCCAACUUUGUGGUGCAUUGACUGCUGAGACGGAGCUGUGUGCGAGAGAGCUCAAGAGAGCACAAACUAUUGAAUAUGUGUCUGCGGUGUCAGGGCUUGAAUAUUGGUUUCAAUGCCCUGAGGAAAACAUCACUAUUUACAUGACCCUGAAUCAAAAAUGUUGUCCCUGUUGUCUUUGCCUGAACAUGUUUUGUUUCACUGUUAAAAUGUUUCUAAAUAAAAGUAUAUACAGUUA